UUUAGAUCCCCAGCACUAGAGCAGAUCAGGAGGCGCUUCACCGCUAUGAAGGCAGAACAAACGCCGUGUGGUGACUCGUGUUUAUUCGCUGUAAUGCUGUGAGUUGUUGAGCGAUCAGCCAUAAGGAACAUGCGGAUAGGACACGUGUCGGAGACCCAGACAGAGCUGUAGUUCCUGCAGUAUAAACACUUCCCCCGGCGGCAAUGACACCGGCCUCCGCAACCCCGCAGCUGAUGAGAGACAAGCUGCUGCAGGCCAUCGACAGCCACAGCAAUAUAUGUAACAUUGUUGCAGUCCUUGAUGUUAUCACCAAUUUGGAGAAAUAUCCAAUCACUAAAGAAGCACUUGAGGAAACUCGCUUGGGAAAGAUUAUUAAUGAUGUCAGGAAGAAGACAAAAGAUGAAGACCUUGCUAAACGUGCCAAGAAACUCCUUCGAAGCUGGCAGAAACUGAUUGAGCCCAGCCAAAAUGAUGCUUCUUCUCGAGGAGUGCCAGGAACCCCAGGCUCAGCCAAUGGCAGUUCUCAUCCGUGCCGAACAGACACACCUCCAGCUGUUCCCCCACCUAGCAUAAAGUCUCCAGAACUUAAGAACAGAAAUGAUGUUCACAACACUUACUCAGCUACAGCGGAAAAGUCUCGAAACCGAAAACACAGGGGGGACCAAAGGGAUGGUCCUCAUCCGCCCUCUAAAAUGCACAAAACAUUAUCUUUUGGACACACGCUUUCCUCCACUCCUCCAUCAAAUGGAUUUAGUGGCAGCCCGGAGACUUUUCUAGAAAGACAGGACAAUGCACCUUCUGAUAGAAAUUGCCCAGAGCAUCUUGACAAUGACAAACAAAACAAAAUCCCUGUAAAUGCUGUUAAGCCUCAUCCAAGUUCUCCAGGGCUUACCAGACUGCCCAGCACUUCAUCCUUACUCAAAACAUCAGUGUUACAGCAGCAAUCAAGAGCAGAAGGAGAUGGAGGUGACAAACACUUAAUCAGUAGUCCACAAUUCUCAUUAAGUCCACAUACUGUAGCUCGUGAGUCGGUGGCUAAAAGGUCUUCAACUUAUGCAUCAAAAGGGACUCUGUUGAGCCCAUCUCAUAAUUCUGCCCAAGUGCCCUCUCUUUUGCCUUUAACCUCCCCAAAUAAAAUGUCUCAUGCUGACGGCCGUCUAACUGUAGACCUAGAGGACUCGGUUCCCUUCAACAGACCUAUUGAGAGAACCUCUGAAUCCCUUCUUAACAGUACAGCUAAGGAGCCUUCAGAACUGUCCAGGCACAAUUUCUCACCCGAGCUUCCUAAAACUGGGACAGAAAGUGCAACCUUGAACAAAAAAAGAAAGAAGUACAGGUCUAGAGACUACAUGGUAAAUCUUCAAGGCCAGUCCUCAGAGGACAGGACAAAGCCUGUGCGCUUAAAAGAGCGCAGAUUGACUUUUGACCCAGUGACAGGACAAAUCAAACCUCUCACUCCAAAGGAAUCUCACCAGGAGGAGGAAUGCCAGGGACCACCAGUUUUAGAGCCUGUGAGGAUUGAGACCCCCCAACAGAAGCCACCUACAACUGCUCAAAACCCUUUUCAGCAAACAAACUGGAAAGAGCUGUCCAGGAACGAGAUCAUUCAGUCCUACCUUAGUCUUCAGAGCAACGUUUUGACUUCCUCUGGAGCUCAAACUCACGGCGCACACUUUUUCAUGACCGAGUAUUUGAAACAAGAGGAAAACGCUGUUCGAGAAUUAAGGAAGACUCACGUUUUAGUCCCGAGCGGCUCGACCGAUGAACUACCGGGUGCAAGUCGAGAGGUGACGCACGAGGACCUUCAUAGAAUAGACAAAGAGCACUGGCCAGGAGUUAAUGGCUGUUAUGACACCAAGGGAACAUGGUAUGAUUGGACAGAUUGUAUAUCUUUGGAUUGUCAUGGUGAUGAGACCAAAUUAAAUAUUCUGCCAUAUGUCUGCCUAGACUGAAAAAACAGCUUUGAUGGCUUUUGGUUUUCAUUGCCCCCACUGUGAGUUUAAAACAAAUGUGUCAGACCUUCUUUAUAUUCAGUACUGAAGUUUUCUGAUACAUGGAGUGAAAUGGGGGCUCUUUGGUUUUCUUAAAUAAAAAGCUAAUUAAAAUAGAUGUCCUGUUUGUAAUGUGCUGCUACCAACAAAUAUUUGCAAACUAGAUUUGUAAGUGUUGGCUCAGUCAGAGUACCUGGGCCAGUUAUUGCACAGCGUGUAUAGGAGUCUGAGCACUAAACAGUGCAGGUUGGAAAGCAAGUCAGAAACUUGUUUGGCAGUUACAAAAAAAAAAAAAAAAAAGCUUUGUGACUUAAAGAAUAAAUUAUACUUUUUUUUUUAUCAUGUAUGCAUCUAUUUAUUUGACUUAAUCAUUUUUCCUACCAGGAGGUUUAUCUGCCAAGAUGUGUGAAUAUCUAAGGCUUUUCAUCACUUUUUUUUUUUCUUCCUUAUCCCCUUUUUAUUUGCGAUGGACAUGCGGUUUGUAAAUGUUGUCUGUCUCGUGCUAUAGAAUGCAGCCACCAACAUUCCAUGUUACAUUUGUUCUGAGUUGAUUCUGCGCAUGUGAAGAGAAGCAAAUCUAUUUUUAGAUCGACAUCUUGAUUAGGGUUUAAUGGAAGUAUAAUAAAUAUAUUUGCUUAGAUCAUUAUACAGAUCAAAGAAAUAUAGGUUUAUUGCACUUCAUGCCACAGUUGAAGAGUUGCAGCAGAGCUUCUGUGUCUCUUAUUUAAAAAAAAAAAAAAAAAUUUGUUCAAAUGCUGGAAAUGAACUUGUUACCAUUCCGUCAGAAGAUGUUUGCCUUAUUGGACACAACAAUUUCAAGAGCCUUUGGGAAUUUAUAGCUUUUUUUUUAAAUACUGUUUUCAGCCCCGUUUUCUCUCUCUCUCUCUUGCGCGCUCUCUCUCUCUCUCUCUCUCGCGCUCUCUCUCUUGCGCGCUCUCUCUCUCUCUCGCUCUCUCUCUCUCUCUCUCUCGCUCUCUCUCUCGCGCUCUCUCUCUCUCUCUCUCACUUGCGCUCUCUCUCGCUCACACGCUCACUCACUCACUCUCUCUCUCUCUCUCUCUCUCACACACACACACACGCAGACAGUGAAUGUGCAUUAUCUGCAUGUCUGUACAUAGUUCUUUCUGUCCAUGUAAAAUGUGUUUGUUUAGUGAGAGGUGAUUCUUUGUUUUGAAGAUCUUUCACAUGCAUCAAUCUGUCAGUAAAUUUAAGAUGUAAAUGCUGAGUGCAGUAUAAUUACACGGUAUCCCCAAUUUUCUUUAUAUUAAAUCUGGUUUGUUUCAUUUUCAUAAUGUUUUGUUAAGGCAGUUAAAGUCAUUUUGCUGCUGACUUGCAAACACUGUGUGCUCUGCUACUUUCGUACCAAUGUGCCUUUAAUGUGUAAAAUGAUAAAAAAAAGGAUAAGGGAAAAAAAAGAAAUUGGAAUGGCUUCAGCUAGCUUAACUUGAAAAGUACAACAUAUUUCUUAAUACCAUGUCCGAUAUUGCAGGGAUACACAUUGUUUUUGAAGCAAUGAGCUCAACCCUUGUUUAGGGUAUCAUGAAUCUGCAAUAAAACCAGAUGGCAAACUAU